CGGCUGCAUAAUAUCUCAGAAGCCUUAAAAAUCUCUAAAGAAAAGUGAAAACCUACACAAUAUCCUAUCUUCGACUUAAGGAUUAUAAUAUAACUGUUUUUUAUCCUUCGAAAACAAAACUAAAAUUUGUGUUCAUUUAUUAUUCAGUCUGGAUCGAGAUUAAAAUGUUAUUGUAAUGAUAAUAUGUUAAAUUACUAAAUAUUUAUUUAAUUACUAUUGUAUUAUUAUAUUUUGCAAACUAAAUGACGUACCUACAUAAACAUACCUGUCUACUUUUAUUAGUUUAAAUAGAAUAUCACUUGACAGUCCAAUACAGAUACGCUUCGAGCAAUGUUAACCGAAAUCGGUGUAGCAAUUGAAAACAAGGAUUUUGAACGAGUCAAAACUCUUGUAGAAACUAUCAUUGAAAAACACAAAGACACAUUCAGUUUUGAUCAUUUACAUGCCGAUAACACGUUCAAACUCCUAUGGGAAUCGAUGUUUUCAUGUUUGGCGACCGACAAUACGAAAAUUACACAUAAACAAUGUUUAGCCUGCAUUCGACUUUUAAGUCGCGACAAAACACACCUGAACAAAAUAAUAACCGAAGAACACGUUAAUAUCUUACUUCGAAACGCCAACCUUCUUGACGAAUCGUCUUGCGUGUUCUUGACGUCAGAAAACAACGAUAUCGUCGUUGAAGGUCUUAAGUGCCUGUGCAAUAUAGUUUAUCAAUGCGAGAAGGUCCAACUGCUGUGUUGUGCCAACAAUACCGUCAACUGUUUAAUAUUAAGACUAAGAAUAUACUUUGAGUGUAACGUUCCGUACGACAUUAAGUAUUUCGACGUUAGGCUUUUGUUUCUUUUGACAGCGUUCAACAAAGCCAUAAGACUUAAGAUCACCGAAGAGCUGCACGGUCUUACGUACCUAAUGGAACUAUUGGACAAUAUACUACAUAACUCGAUCGAAGAAACGUCUAAAACCAAACAACCCGAUUUACAUGCAGAAAACGUUACGCUUAGCUGUGAAGUUUUAAAAGUACUGUUCAAUUUGACUGUGAACACAAACUUUGAUCGAUCGGAUGAUAAUGAUGACGAUGAUGAUUAUUCAGUUUGGAUUAGAUUAGUGUCUAUAUUGCGCGACUUCAUCGUGACAUCGACGUUCGUUCCUCUCGAUCGAGACAACAUUGUGAGCAAUGUCGUUAACUUAUUGACCAACGUACCAGCCGGUUGCCUGGAUCAAUUGACGAUCAAAAACCAUUGGUGUAACGUGGAAGCGUUGAAAGUGAUCGUCGAUUUUCUCGAUGACCGUUUAUCCGGCUCUAACGUUUUGUAUGAAAACGUGUCGCCCGUGUUGUUGGUUUUGUUGAACGGAUCGAAAGCAAUCGCCACGUUUCGCCGUUCGGUCAGACACCGGAUUUUGCCACCUCUAAAGGACAUUAUGAACAGACCCGAACAAGGAAAUUCAUUGCGUAACAAACUAUGCCGUUUGCUUACUACGCCCAACGUCGGCUUACGCGAUCUUGUCGCCGAACUUUUAUUCGUGUUGUGCAAAGAAAAUGUCGGCAGAAUGAUCAAAUACACCGGAUUCGGUAAUGCGGCCGGACUAUUUGCUAACCUGGGGUUACUGAACAAAACACCAAAUCCGGACUAUUCUUCCAACAGCGAAGACAGCGACACCGAAGAGUAUCUAAAAUACAAAGACCAAAUAAAUCCCGUUCUCGGCUGUUACGAACCGCCGAAACCCAAUCCUUUCGAAUGCAUGUCGGACGAACAACAGGAACACGAGGUGAUGCAGUUGGUUUGUAAAAUGGACAAACUCACCAGGGAAGGAGUUAUACAACCUUGCAAAAUCGGUGACGACGGCCGUCCAAAGCCCAUUGAACACGUACUGCAACUACAAGAAGAACUACUAAGUCAUUUCAACAAUGUCAAAAACAAAGACAAUCCAAACGACGAAAGCGAUUGAUGAUGAGUCUAAUCAACUGUUACGUUAAAUUUUCCGAUCGUCGGUUCGAUAAAAAACAUUAGCCAAGAGAAUUUGUUCUCAGACAGAAAACAAUUCUCAAGUGUUCCUAUUAGUAAAAAAUAUUGACGUUAAUAAUUCUUUUAGUAUUCCAAAUCCGUUUAGCCAUUUGUAAAAUUGUCUAAUCUUCUAAAUUUUAUUUUUUUCACUCAAAAAAGGAUAUUAUAGUUUAGACUCGAGUCGUAAAGCGUUCUACACUUCUCUGUCCCGUAUUGUAUUUUAGCAAAUAUAAAUCUACCGACGACGACCGAUUUAUUUUUUUAAUAAUUUCAACAUUUAUUUGUUUUGCGGCGUUGUGUUGGCUAUCUAGGAAUAUAACACACUCAGUGUAGACAAACAAUACUAAUUGUAAGAACGAUUAUUAUAAUAAUUGCUUUUUGGUUGUAUUUGAAUUGUAUAAGAAGAAAUAGGGUAGAGCUACCUUAUAUCGACACUCCUUUUGAAAACUAACACUUCGGGUUUUUGUUUAUCCAAGUUAAAAGAGUUAUUUAUCGUUCUCCACAACGUAAUCAAAAUUAAACUGCGAAACAGUAUAAUGUAUACAUAUAAUGUGGUACACAAUACAACGGUAGAUAUUGUUUCGUUUGUUAAAUAUUAAAUGACUUCUUUGUGUAUUGAAAAU